GUACGUGUGCGCGCGGUCCUUCUGCUUCCUGUUUCGGUGAGAGGAGAAGUGUGCUUCCUGUCGGACAUUAACUUCUUUUUCUGUCGGACAUUAACUUCUUCUUCUGUCGGACAUUAACUUCUUCUUCCGUUGGACAUUAACUUCUUCUUCCGUUGGACAAAAUGCAGGACCCAAACGAGGACACGGAGUGGAAUGACAUCCUGAGGAAGAAAGGCAUUCUUCCGCCUAAAGAGCUUCAAACCCCACAAGACGACGAGGAAGAACAACAUCAGUCCGUCGUGAAAAGUUACGAGGACAUGACGCUGGAGGAGCUGGAGGAGAACCAGGAUGACUUUGAAGAGGACGACGAGGCGGCCAUAGAGAUGUACAGACAGAAGCGUCUGGCGGAGUGGAAGGCCAGUCAGGCCAAGAACAUCUUCGGGGAGGUGACGGAGAUCUCGGGUCAGGACUACAUCAACGAGGUCAACAAGGCUGGCGAAGGCAUCUGGGUGGUGCUGCACCUCUACAAGCAAGGCAUCCCUCUGUGCUCGCUCAUCAACCAACACCUCAGCGCUCUGGCCCACAAGUUCCCUCAGACCAAGUUCCUCAAGUCCAUCUCCACCACCUGCAUCGCCAACUACCCAGACCGCAACCUGCCCACGGUCUUCGUCUACCUGGACAACCAGAUCAAGGCGCAGUUCAUCGGGCCGCUGGUCUUUGGCGGCAUGAAGCUCACCUUGGAAGAACUGGAGUGGAGGAUAUCAGAGAGCGGCGCGGUGAAGACGGAGCUGGAGGAGAACCCUCGGAAGCAAAUUGAGGACAAACUGAUGUCGUCCAUCAGGUCCUCGCUGCCCACUCGCAGGACCAGUGAGUCUGAGGAUGAGGACUGAAUUUCCUGCCUUACUGAACUGGUCGCCAUGGAAACCUCCUUAAAGGACUGCCAAGGAAACAAUUCCAAGUACAUUAAACUUCUUCUUUCUGUCCAACAUUGCCAUUGUUAGGCCUAUUUUAGGGGGGCUCUUGCCCCCCUAAAAUAUUCUUAAGCCCCCCUAAAUAAUUUGGUGUUAUAUUUUAUUUAUUUUUAUUUUAUUUUAUUUUUUUUUACAAAUACAUGCCGACAUAUUCAUUAUAAAGUGGCCCGAAUAUGAGUUGAAAUAAAUAAUCCUAUAACCUCAGUUUCCCCUCACUUCAUAGCGUUAAGGUAGAGAGCCCCUUUAGUGCGUCAAUAUCCAAUCCAUUCCACUUGUUCAUAUAAAAAACGCCCACAUCACUAAAAAUCCAGUCCACAUUUUCUCUGCGACCUUGCUUGCGGUCCUGCAGGUGUGCAGCUUUGAAGCACACAGCGCUGCAGUACAAGAACGUGAACGGAUGCAAAAUGGACAUAAGACAGUUUUUCAAGAAAGUAAGUAUUCAUCACUGCUUGUAGUAAAAUGUAUUAGCGCCACUUUACACCAGGUCUGUGUUUGACAAAUAAAAACCUGUCUAGCACA